GCGCCCCUGAGGGGGGCAGGCGAGGGGGGCUCGUCGCUCGCGGACGGGAUGCGCCAUGGCCUCGGUGAAGGUGGCCGUCAGAGUCAGGCCCAUAGACCGCAGGGAGAAGGAUCUGGAUGCUAAGUUUAUUAUAUCAAUGGAAAAAAAUAUAACAACAAUUACAAAUAUGAAGAUUCCAGAGGGAGGAACCGGAGACAUUGGAAGAGAACGGACAAAAACAUUUACAUAUGAUUUCUCUUACUUUUCGGCUGAUACUAAAAGUCCAAACUAUACAUCUCAAGAAAUGGUCUUUAAGAACCUUGGCACUGAUGUCCUCAAAUCAGCUUUUGAAGGUUACAAUGCUUGUAUUUUUGCAUAUGGACAGACUGGAUCUGGAAAAUCUUAUACAAUGAUGGGGAAUACUGGGGAUGCUGGUUUAAUACCGCGGAUUUGUGAAGGAUUAUUCAACCGAAUAAAUGAGAAAACAAGAUGGAAUGAAGCCUCUUUUCGGACAGAGGUCAGUUACCUGGAAAUUUACAAUGAACAUGUUAGAGAUUUACUGAGGCGCAAAUCUUCAAAAACAAAUAAUUUAAGAAUUCGUGAGCAUCCAAAAGAAGGCCCUUAUGUUGAAGAUUUGUCUAAGCAUUUAGUUCAAAAUUAUAGCGAUGUAGAAGAGCUUAUGGAAGCAGGAAACAUAAAUCGGACCACUGCUGCAACUGGAAUGAAUGAUGUUAGCAGCAGAUCUCAUGCCAUUUUCACAAUCAACUUUACUCAGGCUAAGUUUGAUGCUGAAAUGCCAUGCGAGACGGUAAGCAAAAUACAUCUGGUAGACCUUGCUGGAAGUGAGAGAGCUGAUGCCACUGGUGCUACAGGUGUUAGAUUAAAAGAAGGAGGAAAUAUUAACAAAUCCCUAGUUACUCUGGGAAACGUAAUUUCUGCCUUAGCUGAUCUAUCUCAGGACGCCUCAAACCCUCUUACAAAGAAGAAGCAAGUAUUUGUGCCUUACAGGGAUUCUGUUUUGACAUGGCUUUUGAAAGAUAGCCUAGGAGGAAACUCUAAAACAAUAAUGAUUGCAACUAUUUCACCUGCUGAUGUCAAUUAUGGAGAAACUUUAAGCACCCUUCGCUAUGCAAACCGAGCUAAAAACAUAAUCAACAAGCCUACUAUUAAUGAGGAUCCAAACGUCAAGCUAAUUCGUGAGCUUCGAGCUGAAAUAGCCCGACUGAAAACUCUUCUUGCUCAGGGGAAUCAGAUCGCACUUCUGGAUUCACCAACAGCGUUAAGUAUGGAAGAAAAGCUUCAGCAGAAUGAAGCAAGAGUGCAAGAGCUAACCAAAGAGUGGACUAACAAGUGGAAUGAAACCCAAAACAUUCUAAAAGAGCAAACUUUAGCGCUUAGGAAAGAAGGAAUUGGUGUUGUUUUAGAUUCUGAACUGCCUCACCUAAUAGGCAUUGAUGAUGAUCUUCUGAGUACAGGUAUCAUCUUGUAUCACUUGAAGGAGGGUCAAACUCAUGUGGGCAGAGAAGAUGCUGCAACAGAACAGGAUAUUGUCCUCCGUGGCCUUGAUUUGGAAAGUGAACAUUGCAUCUUUGAACAUUUCAAUGGAACAGUUAAUUUAAUACCACUCAGUGGAGCACAAUGCUCUGUAAAUGGAAUUCAGAUCACAGAGGCCACACAACUCAACCAAGGUGCUGUUAUAUUACUGGGGAGAACAAAUAUGUUUCGUUUCAAUCAUCCCAAAGAAGCAGCUAAAUUGCGGGAAAAAAGAAAGAGUGGACUGCUUUCUACCUUCAGUUUGUCCAUGUCAGACCUUUCAAAGUCUUGUGAAAACCUCUCAGCAGUCAUGCUGUAUAAUCCAGGUCUUUUCCCUGUAAAAGGACCAAUCUGUCUAAGAUUAGAAUUUGAGAGACAGCAACGAGAAGAACUAGAAAAAUUAGAAAGUAAAAGAAAGUUGAUAGAAGAAAUGGAGGAAAAACAAAAAUCUAACAAAGCUGAGCUAGAAAGAAUGCAACAAGAAGUGGAGUCACAGCGUAAAGAAACGGAAAUAGUUCAGUUGCAAAUCCGAAAGCAAGAGGAGAACCUUAAAAGGAAAAGUGUUCAUAUAGAAAGCAGGAUGAAAGACUUGCUGGCAGAAAAGGAAAAAUUUGAAGAAGAGAGAUUACGUGAACAGCAAGAAAUAGAGUUUCAAAAAAAGAAACAAGAAGAAGAAAUUUUUGCCAGAGUUAAAGAAGAACUUCAGCGAUUACAAGAGCUCAAUCAAAAUGAAAAAGCAGAGAAAAUGCAGAUUUUCCGAGAACUAGAAAAGCUUAAAAAGGAAAAAGAAGAACAAUAUAUCAAGUUAGAAUUGGAAAAAAAGAGGCUGGAGGAACAGGAAAGAGAUCAAUUACUGCUGGUGGCAAACUUAGAAGAGCAGCUUAGAGACAAACAAGUCAUGAUACAGCUGCUCAAAAGAGGAGAUGUGCAAAGGGUUGAAGAAGAGAAGAAAGGCCUUGAAGACAUCAGAGAGUCUCUCUUGCGAGUCAAAGAAGCCAGAUCUGAAGGAGAUGAAGACUGUGAAGAGUUAGAAAAGGUACAGCACAACUUCAUGGAUUUCAAGCAGAAGCAGCUAGAACAGCUAACUAGUUUAGAGAGAGACUUGGUUCAACAAAGGGAUCACCUACAAAAAGAGGUAGCUGAUGAGCACGAAAAUCUGGUCCGUUUAAAACAUGCACGUACACAGCAUUUAAAUCUUGAGAGAAAUGAUGAAAACAUUCUGGAUGCUUCACUCGCUGUUGAAGAAUGUAAUAAAAUAAAAUCGAGUGAAUAUAGGCUGCAGCAUAAGGAGAGGCAGCUUCUGCAUCUGAUUAAUAAUCAUUUACCAGCUUUGUCGGAAGAAAAGCAAAGAGCCUCUGAAGUACUUGACCGAGGCCUACAAAGCUUGGACAAUACUCUUUAUGAAGUUGAGAAAGAAAUGGAAGAAAAAGAGGAACAGCUUUCACAGUAUAGGGCCAGUGCCAGCCAGCUGCAGCAGCUUCAAGAAACGUUUGAAUUCACUACCAAUGUAGCUCGUCAAGAAGAAAAAGUUCGGAAAAAGGAAAAAGAAAUUCUUGAAUCAAGGCAAAGACAGCAACGAGAGGCACUGGAGCAAGCCGUGGCUAAAUUGGAAAGGCGACACUCUGCUUUGCAGCGUCAUUCUACCAUAGAAAUUGAGGAGCAGAAGCAGAAACUUGCAACUUUGAACAGUAGUUACAGUGAACAAGGAGACCUGCAGGCUACUCUAGACGCAGAACAAAAGGCCUUGGAACAAGACCGAGAACAUUUGGACUUGCAAAUACAGCAGUUAAAGCAGAAGAUAUAUGAAGGUGAUGGAGUUGAAAAAGGCUACCUAGGAGCCGCAGAAGAGAGACUGUCUCAUAGCAAUUCUCCUUCUAACAUCCCAAAGUCUCCAUCCCAUUUUAUUCCCUUGGUUGAUGACAGAAUAAAUGCCUUCAUUGAAGAAGAAGUUCAAAGACGCCUUCAAAAUAUUCAUUAUAGUUCUGGAGAGAACAAUAAUAGCUUGUUACAUUCUACGGAUCUUACAAAGGAUAACGAGAAAUUUCAUAAUGGUUCUGUUCAGCGUAAGUUGAAGUAUGAGCGAAUGAUCAGUUGCUCUGUUAAAACCAACCCAGAUGACCUAAAGAAUCCAGUUAAAAUUAGUAUUCCGCGCUACGUCCUUUGUGGUCAGGGAAAGGAUGAGCACUAUGAAUAUGAAAUAAAGAUUUCAGUCCUAGAUGAGACAUGGACAGUAUUCAGGCGGUACAGUCGCUUUAGGGAAAUGCAUCAAACAUUAAAAUUAAAAUACCCAGAGCUGGCUAUAUUAGAAUUUCCUCCCAAGAAGCUCUUUGGAAACAAGGAUGAACGAGUCAUUGCAGAGCGUCGGAAUCACUUAGAGAAAUACCUCAAAAGCUUCUUUGGCGCCAUGCUCAGCUCUCCGUCUUCCCCACUGCAUGUAAAUAAAGACGGCCUGACCCUGUCAAAACAUGACAUUUGUGAAUUCUCGUCGUUCUUCAAAAAAGGUGUAUUUGACUACAGCAGCCAUGGCACCAGUUAACGAUUGGAAACCUCGCUACUUAUUGGAAGAAUAAACUCACAGCCUUGUCUUCCUUUCUGCUCUACACUCUUAGAUAAUAAUAA